AAAAAAAAGACGAGCGUGCGGACCACGCGAGACGACACGACACCGCCCGCCGACCGUCUCCUCGGCCGGCGUCCUUCUCCAACACAGGGAAGACGCUCUUCUCCGUCUCGAUCGAUCAACACCAGGGCAGCGCAUCCUGGCUCCACCGAUGCAGGACCAGACCGGGGCCGCCUCCGGCUCGGGGGAUCCGGGCACGGCCGCGGCGGAUCGCGGCGAGGGCGGCUCCUCCGCCGCCAGGCUCCCCUCCCGCAACGCCUCCUCCAAGUACGACUUCGUCAAGGUCAAGGUGUGGCUCGGGGAGAACGCCGACCACUACUACGUCCUCUCCAGGUUCCUCCUCAGCAGGAUGCUCACCGUCACCAAGAUUCCGAACCAUGUCGCCAUUAAGAUUGCCCUUGAACUCAAGAAGCUGCUCGUCGACAACAGCCUCCUCGACGUUUCACAGAGUGACUUAGAGGCCAACCUUUUCAAGCUAAUGGAGAAAAGAGGAUAUGGAGAGGACUAUAUUAAUCGGUAUAAAAUGAUGACAAGAUUCCAUCACCAGAGAGUACCAUUAGUAAUUUUGGUGUGUGGAACUGCCUGCACUGGGAAAUCAACAAUUGCUACACAACUAGCUCAAAGGCUCAACCUGCCAAAUGUUUUACAGACAGACAUGGUCUAUGAGUUGUUGAGGACAUCAACGGAUGCUCCGCUAACUUCGGUACCUGUAUGGGCCCGGGAUUUCAAUUCACCUGAAGAACUUAUUACUGAAUUUUGCAGAGAAUGCAGAGUUGUUCGCAAAGGUUUGGCUGGUGAUUUGAAGAAAGCAAUGAAAGAUGGGAAGCCAAUUAUAAUAGAGGGAAUACAUUUGGAUCCAAGCAUUUAUCUGAUGGACGAGGAAAAUGCAGAUGAUAAUUCCAGAAUGGAGAAAAAGGCUGAGCCUGCAGAUUUUGUUGUCUCUGCAGAAAAUAAAACAGAACAGCAAUCAGAAAAUAGAUUACCUGAGAACAAAUUGAGUGUUCUAAAGGAAGAUAUCGUACAAGAUCAGAACUCCAUACCUGAGAGUAGGACCAGUGAAGGGUUGCUUGGUGCCAACAACCACGAGAUUAAUUCUUCUGAAUCUAUAGAUUCUGAAGAGAAAAAUCCCAAAGCUGAAGGUAAUGGACAUAAAGAUUUGGACCAACAGAAGAACAGCACUGCCAGGAAAGACAAACCUGCUGCUGAACCAAUAGUUGUUCCAAUUGUGUUGCGUAUGUCUGAUUUUGAUCACAAGGCGUUGUUAGAGGAAUGGAUAGCCACAAGAGCUUUCAGAGAUAAUUGCCUUCCUCAGGAUCAUCGAAAGCUCAUUAACAACCUCAAACUUAUUCAGGAUUAUCUUUGCUCUUUUGAGUCACAGGGAUUGACUAUCGUUGACAUCUCGGCAAACUCAUUUCCUCAAACGUUAGAUUGGCUUCAUGGCUACCUUCUUCAGUGCAUCGAGCGCGGCCUCCUGGCUGCAUGUUCAGAAAGUCCCAAGCAAGGGGAAAGCCAAUCAACAUGACAGAACCCGUUACAGGAAAAGUUUUUAAAGAAGACCUUGGCGAUAUGUAUCUAGCCUACCCCAACUUGCUUCAUUGCUUGGAACAUAUGGCUUUGUUGUUGUUACUGUUGACCUUGGUGUAUGCUUUCUUAUACCAGCCAAAUGGAGCAAAUGAUAAUUCCGGACCUCUGAUUGGUUAUUGUCCGUUCACCAGCUGUAAUCUGGUUUACUGUUGGAAAACGAGGGAUUUACGUUAUGCAAAUAAAAAAAAUAUUUUACAUAGGUGCUGCCUAUUGAAGUAUAUCUUAUAACGAUCACAAAGUUGGAAAAUACCAUCUAAAGUGUCAAUACCAUGUUCCCAGGCUCCAACAUGGUCACAUACGCACAUAUCCUUGUAUUGGAUGAUAUUUUUAAGUUGCAGCUCUUUACGGUGAUACUGAGAUAAAAUAACUGCAUAUAUUACAUACAACGCACCAAAGUUCAAUAAAUAUAUGGCUUUUGAGGCGAGAAGGUUAUCGAAUGCCACCACCUUGUCUUCCCAUGGUGCUGAAGUAUCAUCAUAUCCAUAUUUAUCUACCCACAUGUGGUAACAUCCUUGGUAGCGCAUACAACAUGUGGGUACACUUCUCUGAACAAGUCAUAAGCAUGUCAUGGUUCGAUGACAAAUAUAUCAUGUCCUUCAAUAAAAUAGAUGGUUAUAAAAGAGGAAGUGAAUGGUUGCUACCUACUUCAUUGUAUGUCUGUUUGUAAGCACCUAAAGCAAAGUUUACCACUUUUCACCAUCUACCAAAAUAUAGAAUUUCUCUUGAGAUAACUCUCCCAAUAAAUAGAAGCAUUCCACAUCGAGUU